GGUCAGACACAGGGAAUCUUGUUCCUUACUGCUUAAGACAUGGCUUCACUUUCAGAAUAUGCACUGCAUAUGUCUCGUAUGAGUGCCUGGAUCUUUGGUGAAGUGGCCAGACCUACUGAUUCGAAGUCCAUGAAAGUGGUAAAUAUGUUCAGUGAACAGCCCUUGGCCAAAAAGAAAGAGACUUAUGACUGGUAUCCAAAUCACAACACAUAUUUUGCGCUCACGGGCACACUUCGUUUCCUUGGCAUUUACAAAGAUGAACAUCAGGAUUUUAAGGAUGAGAAAAAAUGUCUAAAGAAGCUCCGUGGAAAAAGGAAACCAAGAAAAGGAAAAGAGAAAAGAUCUAAAAAAGAACUAAGAAAGUGUAUCUCAUUAACUUUUCAUAUAUUAGCGGAAGGUGACCUUCCUCAGUAG